UUCUGCUCACACAUUACUUUGGUUUUUAAAUCCGAAGAUAUAUAUAUGUGUUCACUUGAGUUCUUGUUAGGUGACAAGAUGAGCACGAGAGUAGAAGAGAUUCAAGCGAAGUCAGUCACUGUGAGAUUAGACUCCGAGGAGCCGUCUUCUUCUUUGCAAAACCGGAUAACGGGUUUCAAGAUGUUCUGUCGAAAGUCGAAGGACGAAGAGUCCUCCUCAUCUCAGGUGAAUUCUGUUGUUUAUCUACCUGAGACGAGGUCUACCAUCCACGGACUUGAACCCGAAACCGAGUUCUGUCUCAGAGUCGUGUCCUUUAACGAGGAAGGUGAGUUAGAUGAGUCCGAGCUUCGGUUCUCAACGUUGAAGGAUGAUGGAAAUGAAGCUGGAGCCAGGCAAAGCCCUUUGACAAACUCAAGUAGUGGUCUUUGUAGUAAUCCAUCUUUGCCCGAAGAUGAAUCUAAUAAUGUCUGUAAAAGCUGCAGCAAAGAAAAUGGGAACAAGGACAACGUUGAACAUUAUAGUGUAGGAGAAGUAGAAUCUGAGCUUGAAGCGGAGAUGCUCGUAAAAAGGAAAGCUAGCAAGAUAGAUGGAAGAGACUUGCUUAUGACCCCCUCCAAGAGAGAUGCUUUUAAGGGAAAGCAAGGAGUGAAUAAAAGAUCCAAGUCAAGAACAGUAUCAGUGAACAAGAAACCAGAGUUCCAUAAUGCCGCAAAUGGAGUAAGAGGUAAAGACUUGGGUCAUAUUGUUAAGACGAUUAGAUGUUUAGAGGAAGAAGGACAUAUAGACAAGAGUUUUAGGGAAAGGUUCUUGACAUGGUAUAGCUUAAGAGCUACUGACCGAGAAGUUAGAGUUGUGAAGAUCUUUGUUGAGACCUUUAUGGAGGAUCUUUCAUCUUUGGGACAACAGCUUGUGGAUACAUUUUCAGAAAGAAUACUCAGCAAAAAAUCCUCAAUGCCUGGACUUGUAACUUCUGGAGUCUGCCUCAAGCUCUGGCAUUAAAGCUUUCGAUAUCGGCCUUUU